AUGGGAAAAUUAGAGGGCCAUCCUUUACUGAAAGGAGGAAGAAGAGAAACAAAGUACAGCCAUGGUUUGUCAUCAACAGAAUUGGAAACUUUGAGUAGCAUUUGUGAGGCUUUUCUACCACCUCUGUCUCUGAAUCAUAAUCAGUUAGAAAUCCCAGAAAAGGAUGAAGAAACCAGAAAGGCAAUUCAGUCUUUUUAUGAAGCUUCUGGUGCUCAGUAUCCUGUUCCUGAUGAGGUUGCUGAACUUGUAGUAAAGAGAGGAUUUGCAGAAGGGAUUUUUCUGGUGAAACUUCUUCUGAGGAUUCUUUCAACUAGGAUUGGGACUUUGUUGCUUUGUGGGUUGCUGUGUUUAAGCAGACAAUGGCCAUUUGUCAAUAAGUUUUCGGAGAUUCCGACGGAAAACAGAGAGAAAGUGAUUCAGGGAUGGUGGAAGCAUUGGUUGUUUGUACCUGUGAGGCUGCCAUUUGUGCUUCUGAAAUUCUUGUGUCUUUAUGUGUUCUUCUCUCGGGUUGGUGAAGAUUCUAAGAAUCCUUCAUGGAAAGCCAUUGAUUAUGAAGUGGAUGAUCGCGAUAAAUCAUCCUCCACAGCACCGGAUGAGAAACCCCUUCUGAAAGGGAUGGUAGAGACUUUGCAUGAAACAGAAGCAACAAUUGUGAAGUCACUCUCCAAGAAAGGACUUGAUGUAACUGAAGAUACCCGGCGCAAUCUUUACAAGAUCAAAUGUGAUGUUGUCAUAGUAGGCUCGGGAUGUGGAGGUGGUGUUGCUGCUGCUGUGCUUGCAAAAUCCGGCCACAAAGUUGUAGUUGUUGAAAAAGGAAAUUACUUCACUAAAUCAGACUAUUCUUCACUUGAAGGGCCAUCCAUGAAUGCAAUGUAUGAAUCAGGAGGAGUUCUUUCAACCCUGGAUGGGAAAGUGAUGAUCUUAGCUGGAUCAACUGUAGGGGGUGGUUCUGCAAUCAAUUGGUCCGCCUGCAUAAAAACACCUGAUUCUGUUCGUCAAGAAUGGGCUAAUGACCACCAGAUUUCAUGGUACUCAAGUCCUGAAUAUUCUGCAGCAAUGGAGAAAGUUUCUGAAAGAAUCGGCGUGACAGAGAAAUGCACUGAGGAAGGAUCAGGAGAUAAAAAGGGAACUGACUCAACUUGGCUGGUAGAUGCUGUGGAUUGUGGUGCAGUGAUCAUCACAGGCUGCAAAGCAGAGAAGUUUCUGUUCCACAACAAGUCUGGUAGAUCAAGGGGGAAAAAGUGCUAUGGAGUGCUGGCGAAAAGUAUGAAUGAAGAUAUCACAAGGAAAAUCUGUAUUGAAGCCAAGGUUACUAUCUCAGCUGGUGGAUCCCUUUUGACACCACCUCUAAUGAUCCGUAGCGGGUUGAAAAACCGAAACAUUGGCAGGAAUCUUCAUCUACAUCCAGUUCUAAUGGCAUGGGGUUACUUCCCAGAAUCUGAUUCAGAACUCAAGGGAAAAAUAUAUGAGGGAGGCAUAAUCACUUCAGUUUACAAGGUAGGAAGUGGUGCCAAUGUUCGAGCCAUCGUAGAAGCUCCUAUAUUAGCACCUGGAUCAUUUGCUGCCGUGACACCAUGGGAAUCUGGUGUUCAAAUGAAGGAAAGGAUGGUCAAGUAUGCUAGAACAGCUCACUUGUUUUCGAUGAUCAAAGACAGAGGGUCAGGUGAAGUCAGGGAAGAAGGAAGGAUAAACUAUGCAUUGGACAAAGUGGAUAAAGAUAAUAUGAAGGUGGGUUUGCGCCAGACUUUGAGGAUUUUGAUUGCCGCAGGAGCUGUUGAGGUAGGCACACAGCAAAGUGAUGGACUGAAGUUCAAGUGCAAGGGAGCUAGCGAAAAAGAAAUAGAAGAGUUCCUUGAUGAUGUAACUGCGCCAGAAGGGCCGCAAUCUAUGUCUGGCAAUGCAGAGUCAGACGUUGAAUGA